AUGACCUCUAGAUAUACAAAGGAAAAUGAAAAUUCCGUGACAUUAUUACUUAAAUAUAGAAAGGAAUUUGAUGAAGCUAUCACAGAUAUUAAAAAUGAAAAAAGUGGGGAACUUGCUGAAAAUCCUGGAAGGAAAUGUUCUUCAAUUGCUGACGGUGAUUUCAUUCAACCAUGCCAAGAUAUUGGUAGAUAUUUAAUUGAAAUCAAGUAACUCUAAAUAACGGAUAGUCUCAAACGUUGUAAAUACUUAAAUUACAGGAUAAAUUCAAACGAAAAAUAUAAUAAGAAUUCUGAUUUCUUUCAGAAAUAUAAAGAAUUUUCGUCCAGAACAGAUAAUUUAUGCAUAGCUGAAAUAAAAAAAAUUGAUCGAGAUACCUUAACAAAAUUUACAGAUCUAUAUGACUUAUAUGAAGAAUUUGACAACUUUAAUGGUAGCAACGUUUUAUCUAAUAGUAUCAGUUGUAAUCCUAUUAAAAAAUGUUAUAACUUUUAUAAUAAUAAAUAUAGGGAAUGUGAAGGGAAGGAGAGCAACGAUUUUUGUGAGGAAUUAAAUAAUUUUAAGAAAGCAUAUGAAGAAAAAAUGCGAACUGUAAUUCCUUGCCCAGCUGUACCACAAAUUUUAUCCCCUACUAAUGUGAAUUACUUAUUUUUUUCCAGCUUAACAGCAGCUAUCCUAUCACUUUGUUUUUUUUUAUAUAAGUUUACUCGAAUGAAAUCAUGGUUAAGUAAUCAAUUAAUAAGGAAAAAAAUAAUUGUACACAACGAAGUCCAGGAGGGAACAAGAGAAUACAUACAAAACAUUAAUGUAGAAGUAAAUAGAAAUUACGAAAGAAUUGUUCAUAAUAUAGGUUAUCAUCCUCAAUGA